AUGUUCGUUAUAAUAUGUGCGGCCCUCGUGGCUUGUGUGGUCCUCACAAUUGGGCCACCCAUCUUUCGAUACUUCCAAGACUUAAAGGGUUUCCGGAAGUAUCCAUCACAGAACCCCCUCUCGGGCUUCACAAACUUUGCGUACGGCAUGGAGAAGUGGCGAUCUCAUCGGUAUUUUCAGACAGAGCGACUACAUCAUCAACUACUGAAGCAUCCCGUCGUGAGGUUGGGCCCCAAUUGGCUUUCGUUUCGAAGCUCGCAGGCCGUCAAGGACAUCUACGGCUACACCUCGCAGUGCUCCAAGGGGCCUCUAUACGACGCCCUUCAAGGCGGGGGACAGAACCUUGUUCUUAUCAGCGACAGAGGGUUGCACUCCUCACGCCGAAAGAUGGUUGCUUCGGCCUACGCGCCAAAGCAAAUUGAGAAAUGGGAGCCAAUGGUGGCCGAAACGACAAGUAUUCUAGUGUCCAAGAUGGAUGCGUUGUGCACAACUCCCCUAAUCACUGGUACUACUGGUGUGCCAUGCAAGGAAGAUUUGACUUUCGAUGGCAACUGGUGGGCCUUGCUGUACUGCUUUGAGGGCGCAACCAAGAUUGGCCUGAGUAAAGACCUCGGCUUCAUCGCCCAGGGAUCGGACCUCAUCCAAAUCCAGCACCCGGAUGGAAAGGUGGAGAAGGUCAAUCUCAUCGAAUGCGCCCGUGGCGGGGCGAGUGCGGCUUCCACUCUAGUCUACGAUACACCCAACUUUCCCACCUUUAUCAAACUAAGCAAGCUUAUCUCUCCUUGGUAUGCAGGAAACUGGGCCAAAGGUGCUAAGUGGCGGGCAGCCGUUGAAUACAUCACCAAGGAGCGUAUUGAGCGCCAAGAUAACGGAGAAGUUCUCGACGACCUCCUUGGACCCAUGAUUGAGGACCCGAAGACUGGCGCUGAGGCGGAUAUAAAUGUCGCGGACAGGUACUCUGAAGUUGAACAAAUAGUCAACGGAGGUGGCGAUGGUCCUGGUAUCUCCCUCACAAACACGCUGUACUACCUAAUUAAGAACCCGGAAACAAUGACUAGACUGCGCGCUGAACUAGACGAGGUUCUGGCCCCUGAGGAUGUCGUUGCCCCGUGGUCUAAAUUGAAGAAUCUCUCAUACCUGCGCGCCUGCGUUGAUGAGUCGAUGCGUCUCUCGCCACCGAUAGCCACUAACCUCACACGCAGGACACCACCAAAUCGGCCAUCCAAGAUCGCUGACGAGGUGGUACCACCGAACACUGUAGUGAGCAUUUCGGCGUACACGGCACACCGUGAUCCAGAGAUCUUUCCAGAUCCCGAGGCGUUCAAACCAGAGAGGUGGCUGAUGAAAGGCGACGACAGGUUGAGAAACAUGCUUGCCGUAUACAUUGCUUUCAGUGCCGGGUCACGGGCCUGCAUAGGAAGAAAUGUGACGAUCUUGAUGCAGUUCGUGUAUCUUGCGACACUGAUAACCCGUUACGAGUUCGCACUGCCCAACCCCGAUUGGGAGAUGAAGUGGAGGGACUAUUUCAACUUGUGGCCCGAAGAGCUGCCAUUGAAGAUCUGGAGACGGGAAAGGCAGGCAAGUGCUUGA